CGUGCGUGAGUGUUUUGACCUCUUUCAAGUUUCAGCAACCAUAACUCACUCACUCUGUAAUGAAUGAUUCAUAUUCUUUGUUCUCUGAGUCUCGACCAUGUCAAAUUUCUCGUCGUGGUUCUCUCGCUUGCGCUCUUCUUCCAACUACUUCUAUCGCACUAUCCAUAAUAUAACAACUCACUCGAAUGCAACCAAUGUGCUGACCUCACACCGUCCAAGGAUGACGUGGACAGGUUCCGUGCUUCCUCUUGCGGUGGCUGUAUGCGGUGCUUCAUUUGCGCUUCAUCCGCACUUCAAUCCUUCCUUGUGUGACGCCUCUGUUCCCUCUGAUGCCAUUAACAACAGCUUUGGGGGCAAAGGUAGCACCCAGUAUGCCGUUAAGGGAUCACACAAAGAAUUUCCGCAGGAGCUUCUCCACGAAUUGAAACUCAUCUGUCAGGAUAACUUAUCACUUGAUUAUGAUGAAAGAUACCACCAUGGAAAACCACAAAACAGCUUUCAUAAGGCUGUUAAUAUCCCAGAUGUUAUCGUUUAUCCAAGGUGAGACAAUCUCUGAAUCUGUAGUUGA